AUGGCUCCCAAGGGCUCCCAAGGCAGAGAAGAAGCCCGUCAAAAAGGUCACCAAGACCGCCAAGACUGGUGCAAGAAGAAGACCAAGGCCAAGGUCGAGUCCUUCAAGAUCUACAUGUGCGAGGUCCUGAAGCAGGCCCACCCCUACACCGGUAUCUCCUCCUGGGCCAUCUCCAUCCUCAAUGCCUUCGUCACUGACACCUUUGGGAAGAUGGCCACUGAGACAGCCCAGCUGGCCCGCUACAACAAGAAGCCCACUGUGGCCUCUGGCAAGAUACAGACCGCUCUGCGCCUCAUCCUGCCCGGCAAGCUGGCCAAGCACACGGUGUCUGAAGGCAGCAAGGCUGUGACCGAGUCCACCUCCGCCGCUAUAACCCCAUAG